CUGCGGUUGUUUUAACUUUGUGUCUGUAUUGACUUUUUUUUUACUUUACAUCCUCUCUUAGCUGUUGACCAGUGUUGCGUUUUCCGAAACACUUCCUGUUUCAGCUUCCAGCUUUUGAAUAUUCAUAUUAUUGUUAGAGGUGUAUAUCUAUUAAUGUAUAUUUACAUGCUUACAACAGGAGGGUUUUUUCCUUCCAUUUGAAGAAAAGAUUGCACUUUGGGAUUUUCCUUGAUUGAAGCUAUUAUCUGCUAAGAAUUAGAACACAUUAGAAGGGUUGCCCAAGUGCUGGAGCACCAUUUUUAACCCUUUUUCCCUUAGCAGUCCCCCACUGAUGAGUUUCUGUUCAAGAAAAAAAAAUUGGAGAGAAGUACGUGUCACCUGGUAAUUGUCUACACUUUGACUGUUAUAUAGGAGCUGCAAGAGGGCUGUGUGGAGAAAUACCACCCAUUCAGCAAGUCAGCUCACCUCUGUAAACCCUAUGGAAAUGCCUUUCAUGUGGAUCAUGCCCAUAAGCUGUCUUUUUUCCUAAUUUUAAGAGCUCUGAGUUUGAGGGGACGGUUACUGUGAAACGGAGGAUAAUAACGAUAGCAGAAAGGCCAGCACACAGGCAGUCCCUUGGAGAGUUCACCACUUAUGUAUUGUUGCAGUGCGCAAGAAAGUAAAAUGGACUACAAGCGGCGCUUUUUGCUAGGCGGGUCCAAGCAAAAAGUGCAGCAGCACCAGCAGUACCAGAUGCCCGAGCUGGGCCGGACCCUGAGCGCCCCACUGGGCCCCUCUUGCUCUGCGCCCACCUCCAUGGGCGCCAGCGGCGGCUCGCCAGGGAGCUGCAGCCACCCGCCUGCCCAAAGCCCCACCACCGCCAUCGCUGACAUCCAGCAGGGCAUCUCCAAGUACCUGGACGCACUCAACGUGUUCUGCCGAGCCAGCGCGUUCCUCACCGACCUCUUCAGCAGCGUGUUCAGGAACUCCCACUACUCCAAAGCAGCUAUGCAACUGAAGGACGUGCAGGAACACGUCAUGGAGGCGGCCAGCCGGCUAACUGCAGCAAUAAAGCCCGAGAUCGCCAAGAUGUUGAUGGAGCUUAGUGCCGGCGCUGCCAACUUCAAAGACCAGAAUGACUUCAGCCUGCAGGACGUUGAGGUGCUGGGCCGCUGCUUCCUGACGGUGGUGCAGGUGCACUUCCAGUUCCUGUCGCAGGCCCUACAGAAGGUGCAGCCUGUGGCGCAGUCCUGCCUGGCGGAGACUCUGGCCCAGACCCAGGAGCGCUGCAGCUCCGCCCCACCUCAGAGCUCUGCAGCUGCACCCCUGACGGAGCUGGAGGAGGCCACCAGGUCAUGGAGAGGGGCAACUGAGGCCACGUCGCGGCUGAGGGAGAGAGGGAGGGAUGGCUGCCUGGCGGGGAUCGAAGUCCAGCAGCUCUUCUGCUCUCACAACACCUCCAUCCCUGAGCACCAGCUGAAGGAGCUCAACAUGAAGCUUGAUAAUGCUUUACAGGCUUAUAAAGUAGCUUUGGAGAGUCUGGGCCACAGUGAGUAUGCACUGAAGGCUGGUUUUCACCUCAAUCCCAAAGCUGUUGAAGCAUCUUUACAGGGCUGCUGCAGCGAGGCAGAGGCCCAGCAGGCUGGGAGGAUGCAGACCCCCUCACAGCCCAUCCAGUGCGAGCUGCCCACCAUCCCCCUGCAGAUCGGCUCCCACUUCCUCAAAGGCGUCUCCCUUAAUGAGUCUGCAGCCGACAACCUCAAACUGAAAACGCACACUAUGCUACAGCUUCUUAAAGAGGCAGCAGAACAGAACGGGGUGGCCUCCCGGGAGGACUCCCCAGUCACGGAGGUCCUCAACCAGGUGUGUCCCUCCAGCUGGAGAGGGGCGUGCAAGACAGCGGUGCAGUUGCUGUUCGGCCAGGCAGGGCUGGUGGUGGUCGACACUGCUCAGAUUGAGAACAAGGAGGCCUAUGCUCCGCAGAUUACCCUUGAGGGAUCCAGAAUUGUGGUUCAGGUCCCCUCUACAUGGUGCCUGAAAGAGGACCCAGCCACCAUGUCUCUGAUGCAGCGCAGUCUGGAUCCAGAGAAGACACUGGGCCUAGUAGAUGUACUCUAUACUUCUGUUUUUGACCUCAGUAGGUGGAAGGAACACAGAGAGCAGGCCCUGCCCACCAUUCAGGUGCAGCUGCAGCGUGACAGCUCAGACUACAGCACGCAGGUGGACCUUUCUCCUGGGACUGGCUCCAAGUCCUCCAGUGGGCUGCCCAAGACCAUCUCCAAGCUCACCUCCAAGUUCACAAAGAAGGCCUCCUCCAGCAGUGGCAGCGGGGGCAGCUACUCCAUCCCUAGCACCCCCUCCCGCAGCAUCUUCACUGGCAGCAGUUCAGAGGACAAGGCCAAGCCGCUGAGUGGUGCCGACAGCAGGCUGCAGGGCCUCCUCCACACAAGCAGCUCUCCCUGCACUCCCGACUCCGGACAGUCCCCGCAGGGCACGGCUGCCCAGCUGGCUAACGGAUGCCCGGCAGACGACAAGGGCAUGAACCUGCCCACAGAUCAGGAGAUGCAGGAUGUCAUCGACUUUCUCUCAGGUUUCAACAUGGGCAAGUCCCAGCAAGCCUCUCCCCUGGUGAAGAGGAGGAAUUCUGUGGCCUCCACCAGUGUGGCUGAGCUGAAACCUCCCACAGGAGCGGGAGCGCCUCCACCUUCACAGGCUUUGUCCCACAAUGCCCUGCAGCCGCCACCCCAGGUCCUGUCGCAACAGCAGCAGCAGCAGCAGCAGCAGCAACAACAACAACAGCAGCAGCAACAGCAACAGCAGCAGCAGCUCCCGGGCCAGAAACAGCCGCAGCAGCAUCCCUCCCAGCAGGCAUUGCAGUACUAUCAGCACCUCUUGCAACCUAUUGGUCAGCCACAGCAGGCCUCUGCACAGCACCCUUCCCAGCAGCCUCCACCUCAGCAGCAACGAGGGCCAGCCAAGUGGCCAAGUACUUCUGCCCCGCACCCCCCACAGGCCCCUCCUCCUUCAGGGCUUUCUCCGAUUGGGCAGAUGGGACAGUGGGGUGCUCCAGGCCUCCCUGACCUUAGCUCAGACCUGUACAGCCUGGGCCUGGUGAGCACCUACAUGGACAGCAUGAUGUCAGAGAUGCUGGGGCACAAGUCGCAUGGACCCCGCAACAACACCUGGCCAAACCGGGACCAGAAUGAAGGAGUCUUUGGAGGCCUGGGAGACGUUCUGCCAUUUGACCCUGCUGUUGGCUCUGACCCUGAAUUUGCCCGGUACGUGGCUGGGGUGAGCCAGGCGAUGCAGCAGAAACGGCAAGCGCAGCAUGUCCGUCACCCUAGCAACGCCCGCAGCAACUGGCCAAUAUCUGACGAGGCUCAUAGGACCUGGCCCCACCCGGAGUACUACACUGAAGGGGAUGCUAUGAGCAGCAGCUGGUCGGCCAAUCAGGGGGACUCGGCCAGCUCCAGCGAUGAAACCUCUUCAGCCAAUGGGGACAGCCUGUUCUCUAUGUUCUCAGGACCUGACCUCGUAGCAGCUGUCAAACAGCGAAGAAAACACAGCUGUGGUGAGCAGGAAGCUUUCACUCUGCCCUCCCCACCACUCCAUCACUCUGGGGAUGACAGCAGUCAGGACAGUAAGAUGAAAACAUGGCCUCCAAAGGCCCCCUGGCAGCACUCCUCUCCUCACACCAACACCCUGCCCAACGUGAGCUCUUCUCUGUACCAGAUGGCUAUUCCCCCCUCCAGCCAGUGGGCCGACUCGAUGCAGAUGCUGCAGUCACAGGUGUGGUCGACAGCCAGCGAUUGCUCGCCCUCGACAGGGAUCUCCUCUGGCUUCCCAUACUCCCAGCAGCCACAGCAGCAGCAGCAACAGCAGCAGCCCACACAGCAGAAGGCCACAGUGCAACAGCAACAAGCUUCCCAGCACAAAGCCAUCAACAAGGGCUUCAAAUCCUUCCCACUGAAACACGAGCACAGGCCCUCCUACCUGCACCAGUACUGAAUCUGAGCUACGCUGACUGAGCCAAACAUGUAGGUAUUCUUCUAGUAAGUCAGCGUUAGGCAUUGAAGAUUCAGCACCGUGAAACAGCUGGGCAGUGUGAGAUGUGUAUAUAGGCCUGUUGGAUACUCGUAGUUAAGUAUUUACUAUCGAGCAACUCAUGACCAUUAGAUGUCAUUUGCUCCAUUCUUGAAUCCAAAAUGUAUGAAAUGAACAGGAAGGUCUUACUAUGUGUUUUUAGACAAACUGAAGUGUACACAGCAGCACUAACAUUUUAUACCUAUUUUUCAGUACUUUUCUAAGCUGUCGUGCUGGCUGAGCUGAGUGCAUGAUGGCAGCUAGUUGUGUCUUUGUCCAGUUAAUGUAUAUGCUUUAUUUCCUGAGCAUCUGGUAGCCUGUGGAAUGCACAUCAUGCAGUGGAGUACAAGCACUUGUCCAUUUUGCUACUGCAACUGAAUACAGUAUAUGUACUAAUGAGGAUGGUAGGAGCUCUCCAGUGAGACUCCUUUGUUCAUCCUGGAUUAUACUGUGUGGCUAAAAAGCUGUAACUGCCAAAUCUCAUGCAAGAUAAACCAGACAACAGUUCUCAUCUACUGUUCCAUAGCUUGUAAAUUACUCAAACAGAAAUAUAAAUUAUUUACUUCCAGUUUUUUUCAAUAGGCUUUGAGCUGGCUCAGCAGAUAUAUAAUAAUCCUUACAGAGGUGUAAUUUGAAAGAUACGCACUACUUUUUGAGCAACUGACAUAGCUAUAGAGUAAAUGUAAUAGCAACUAUGUGCCAUGUUAAUAGUAACAACACUUGUAGAAUAUGAUUUUUUUUCCAACCAAAGCAUUGUGUAGAAGAUGAAUGGUGCUUCAGAGUAGAAGAAUGAGUUAUGAUGAUAACAAUUAUUAUAAUCAAUAAUAAAUUAUAUUUA